GACUCUAUUUCUAAGGAAUUUCGGAGGGCAAAACGACGACGGAAGUCAACGAUUUGGCUGGGACGGGACGGGAUGGGACGGCUCAGUCCGCCGUCCGGUAUUGAACCCAGAUGAGCUUGGUCUGGUUUUCGUUCGACCCUCGUCCACACGGGGCACCAGGUUCUGCUUGAGAUUUCGUUGCUCCACGGCUUCUCAGCAGCGAACCGAACAACAAAGGAGACGGAAAGAAGGGAGUUCUUCUCACUCGUGUAUUCAACAAAUUAAGUAGCUUGUCUUGUAAACCAGACCUUCGUCUCACGUAUAGACGAGCUCUCACUCAAUCAAUCACGAUUACACUAUAAAUAUUUAAUAAAUAUUUGGGUUUCUUCUCGCAGCAACAGUAGGAGAGAAAGGAGGUCCUCUACAAGAUGUCCUUCAGGAAAGCCCAGAUCGCCCAAAUCCGCCUUAUGAGUUCACAUCCUGAGGUUUAUGAACCGUGCGAUGAUUCAUUCGCACUAGUUGAUGCACUUCUGGCUGAUAGAAACAACCUGUUAGAGCAUCAGCCAACGUUGUGCAUGGAAGUGGGUUGUGGUAGUGGGUAUGUUAUCACUUCUUUAGCUCUUAUGCUGGGACAGGAGGCUCCUGGGGUCUACUAUAUUGCUACUGAUAUCAAUCCUCAUGCAAUGAGGGUGACCAGUCAGACCUUAGAAGCACAUGGUGUUCAUGCAGAGUUGAUAAACACUGAUAUCGCAUCAGGGCUAGAGAAGCGUCUGGCAGGAUUGGUUGAUGUAAUGGUUGUGAACCCACCAUAUGUGCCAACCCCUGAAGAUGAAGUGGGCCGUGAAGGAAUUGCCUCUGCUUGGGCAGGAGGGGAGAAUGGCCGGUGUGUUAUUGAUAAGAUAUUACCAAUUGCUGACAAUCUAUUAUCAGACAACGGCUGGUUGUACAUGGUCACGCUUACAGCUAACAAUCCCUCAGAGAUAUGCCUUCAAAUGAGAAAGAAGGGAUAUGCUGCUAGAAUUGUCGUCCAGAGGUCAACAGAAGAAGAGUCCCUCCAUGUCAUCAAGUUCUGGCGGGAUUUUGAUUGUCAAGCUGAUGCAAAGGAAACGGUGGCGACAAACAAAACAGUUCCUGCAAGAGUCAUGGAGUCCCUGGUUUCACAGUUUCCUCUGUCAUCAUUCUGGAGAAGCAGUGGCAGUCACAGUAGCUGAUAGAUGAGAAGGUAAAAAAAAGUUUGAGGUUUUCAAUAACCUAUUCCAGUGCUUCCAGUCCUCCCUAUCAGCAAUUUUAAGAGCUUAUAUGACUUCAUCAGUCUCUGCAAUAGGAUAUACUGCAGAGCUUCCAUCAUCUACAACCUUAUGGACCAAAGUUUCCAAACUUAUGUGCAAUAUGAGAAGCAGAGCUCAAUUGUCAGUAUCAGGUGCAAUGCUUUGGUUCAAGUUCCAACUGCUUGUGAAGAUCGGCAUGUUUAGUUCAUUCUGUCAGUAUCAGAUGGAAUAGUUUCUCUGUAUGUUUAAAUAUCAGAAGUGCCAUAGGUUUGGUUCAACACAUUAUAUAUGUCACAGAUUUCUCAGCAUAAAAUCAAUUUUAGAGAAAUCAAAGAUGUGUUGAUUUAAUGAAACAAACAAUUUGGGUUCACUCUACCCUCAAA